GUGUCAACAUUAGUAAUGUGGGGGUGAUCGCUUUGUGGUGGAGAGUGAUGGGGCGCGGCGAGAGCUCGCCCAUGGAGCUGGGCUAGAGCCGCCUCUGCCGCCGCCGCCGGUGCCGGUGCCGCCGCCGGAGGUGAGAAGGAGUCGGCGUUGGCGUUGGCCGCGAAGAAGUGCGGCGCAGCAGGAGGUGGUCGCGGCGCCGGCGGUCCCCCCGUUGGCUGUCCCCCUACUACAAGAGCAGUGUCUUUUCCUGAACAGCAGCAGCGCCCGAGCAGUAACAGCAGAAGCAGGGGGACCGCCCCCCGGCCUCCGGCCACGCCCACACGCAUGGAGCACCACCCACCGCCAGCCAGCGCGGCCCACCACCAUCAACACCACCAUCAUCACCACCACCACCAUAGUCACCACAACGCCACUGCGCACGCGCCGGCUUCCGCAACCGCCACUGCUGCGGCGGAACAUACGCAGACACAUCCAGCAGGGCAACCACCCUCGUCGGCCAAUCGGGAGCCCCGUCCAUGUCACAGGCCGAGUGCUUUUCAGAAGAUGGAGGGGCUGGUGAAAGAAAUGCAGGAUACGGAGCAUGGAGGAGUCCCCGUCAGAAGCCAAAAGAUAUUUUUAACAUCUAUUCCUGCUGCUUUCAUGGGUUAUGACCUGAUAGAAUGGCUGAUGGAGCGCCUAGGAAUCGAAGAAUCCGAAGCACUCAACAUAGCCAAUCAACUGUGUCAAUACGGGUAUUUUUUUCCUAUCAGUGAUUCCAAGAACCUAGUCGUCAAGGAUGACAGCUCUCUCUAUCGGUUUCAGAACCCCUAUUACUGGCCUUGGCAGAACCGCCCUCCAGAUAACGUCGAAUACGCCAUUUAUUUAACAAAAAGAACGCUACGGAAUAAGCAGAGGCAUGGAUUGGAAGACUACGAGGUAGAGGCUCUCACCAACCUCAAGAAGAAUUUAGCCAAUAAAUGGGAUUUCAUCGUAUCGCAAGCUGAAGAACAAGUAAAGCAGUCGAAAGGACUGAAAAAGGCAGAUAAGCUGAUAAGCGACAGUCAAGAGAGAGCUUAUUGGAGAGUUCACAGACCACCCCCUGGAAUGGUUAGUCCCUUAGAGCAAUGUCCUGUGCCUACAAGAACGUGGAGUACCGGUUGUCGGACGAGAAAAAGAACUAUCGAGGAUUGUCGGAGAGAGGUGAGGAAUAUUCGUGUUCCAAAUGAACUACAGUAUAUUCAGAUAAGAGAUAGACCGGAUGUAAACAAAAGGGUGGAGUUGCUACGAAGCAGCUUGAACAAAACAAGGAUAAAGGUAUCUCAAGCACUGGAAAGCAUGAUGCAGCACGUCGAGAUCUAUACGGAAUACGAUCCUUUGAUAACACCAACUCAGCCUUCCAAUCCUUGGGUCAGCGAGGACCUGGCUUACUGGCAGCUGAACAGGGUUGACGCACCGACAGAGAAACGGGUGAAACGAUGGGCGCUGUCCAUGGAGGAGUUGGUCUCAGACCCUACGGGUCUUCAGGAGUUCACCAACUACCUGCGAAAGGAGUACAGCCACGAGAACAUCCGAUUCUGGAUGGCGGUAAAUGAUUUGAGGAGGUCUGCGCAGUCGCAGAUAUCGUGGAAGGUGCAGGAUAUAUUCGAGGAGUUCUUGGCUCCGGGAGCGCCAUGUGAGAUCAACAUUGACGGAAAAACGAUGGAGAGAGUGCACCAAGAGAUGAAAACUCCCAGUAGGUUCACAUUUGAUGCCGCACAAGAGCAUGUCUACACGUUGUUGCUGAAGAAAGACUGUUAUCCUAGGUUCAUUCGGUCCGAAUACUACAAAAAUCUAUUGGCUACGGGCAUACAGCCAUCACAAAAGAAAAGGUUCUUCGGAUUUGGCCAAACGAAAAAGAAAACCCCAACAACCGGAGCAGCAGCUGGCGGCUCCCAGCCCGGAACGACGGGUACAUCAGCGGUCUCAGGGAGCUCAGGAGGCCCACCACCCAGUGGAGUGCUGUCCAAGAGGCGUGGUAGCGACCGUAGCCUCAGCGGAUCUGCUCACGAAUUGGCCGUGGCUGGUGUGGCCAAGGAAACUGGAGCUGGAGCAUCUACGGUGGCCAAGGUGCCACAUUCACAUUCGCAAACAAACCUUACUGAUAUUCCUUACAGGGGCGAUCUGGCCCGAGUGCAGGCCUUUGCCCAGGCCGCCGAGACAGGCCUAGCGACAAUGAUCGGAUCUCCGGUAAAGAAGCCUAGCAUAGCGAUAGGAGCAAGCACUUCUGAAGAUGUAUGCCCGUGGGAAACUGGAGCUGGUCCACCUUCCUCAGCCCAACCAUCUGCUAUCCAUCACCACUUGGUGCAAGAAGCACGUUCUAGGAAAAACUCGUCUUCGCAACUGGAUUCAGCUUCGUCGUCAUCAGCUGAUGUGAGCGUUGCUGCAGCUGCCUCAGCUGCGCAUGCUGUUGUCGAGGUUGCUGACAAGUUUCAGAGGUCAUGUGUAUUGACCCAACAGCACACUGUGGACGGUGGUAGCGGAAGACAGUUGACAGCUGGAUUCAGCGACACCCCUAGAAGAGCCUCUGUUUCUGUUCCUUUGACACAUUCUUCAGACAUGCCGCAUACAAAAGCAUCUUUUGAAGAUUCCGCACCUUCGCUGUUCGCUGGUACUGGUACCACAAAGAAAACUGAAUGUGACGUGAAGCCAUCUACCUCGCAAAAGACGUUCAAGAAAAGCCACAGCUUAGCAAAAACCUUCUCUGUGGCAGGUACAGCACCGACGAUCAGCGUAAGUUCAGCAUCUGAAGAUGUCCCCUCCCCUAUGCCAAUACCUACGAGCCCUUCAACCAAAAAGCAGGUACAGGAGGACGACAGGAGUAGCGUGUCGCAUGACAGUCGUGCAAGUAGUCCGGUGGUCCCACCCUUAUCUCCUGGUGCUGGCAGUUGUCCCGUCGCAUCUGCUGAGGAAUCUCCUCAGCAACCAGAGGCAGAAGAGUCCCAUUUGACUGAGGCAGAGACAGAAGAAGCUGAGGAGGCGGGUUGUAGCAGCAGCGCCUUCGAGCCCUUGGCACCACUAGCCGAACCAGACAGCAGUGAGUCUCCAGGCUCGGAGCUGCCCCCGGAACUUCCUCCAGUGGAGGCAGCGCAACAGGAGGCAUCAGCUGAGCAACAGCAGACUCCGGCGCAGGCAGGCGACGUGGCAGAGGGUGAGGCCAAAACCAACGAUGUGUGUCCUUGGGAAGACGAGUAAGACACCAACGGCAAACAUACACUAUCACUCGACUUUAGCUGUACAGCAGCCGAUCCUAUCGUGUAUAUAGCCUAUAGCUCAUCUGCUGGCAGCCUACUUCUGGAAACCUGCAAGGUAGACACCCCUUUUGUGAAAACCUAUGCCACUUUAGGGUAUCUAUAACCUAGACAGAAAACUCAUCACAGCAAAAAUACCAACAAAAGGACUAUUAUCUACAAUAUAAAGACCCUCUUUGCUCUUAUAGUUACUAUUCCCUAGUCUCACCUUGAACUGUUCUCGCUCUAGUUGUAUAAUUUUAGUCUUUACCCCAUUUACCGUUCAAGAAAAAUAAAACAUUGGUGACUGAAAAGUUUUAAAUAGUUCGAAGUAAAUAAAAUAUAGAAUAUACGUACAUUACCUAUUAUAAUGAGAUUAGGAAAAUAAAAUUCAUAUUUUUUUGGAAAUGUUUAUAAACGUACCAUAGGGCAUUUUAUGUUUCUCAGUACAACUGAUGCAUAGAUCGAGCAUAUUGCUUAUACUUUAGCUUGAUUGACUUCUCAGUUAAAAGUGACAAGUACGCAAGACAGUAUUUGUCGGAUUUCAGCGUCACCAAUAGUAGGGCGCAAAAUUGUUCCGAAAAUUCAUGAACGACCAUUUCCUAUUGAGAACUAGCAUUAGGUAAUUUUUAAUCACGAGGUCAAGAAAAAUAACAUAAUAUUGAAGCAUGUUCGUUUUAAGGCUACGAGGCUGGUAUGGAAAAGCCUUAAAAAUGUGAUGACUUGUGUUCAAACUUUGGAUUUUAUCUCGCAAAAUAACAUAAAUUGCCCUAUAAUAGUAGCAACAAUAAGGUUUUGUUUGCUCACAAUUUUUACUGCUGUUAGCCGAAUAUUGAACAGAUGGGAACGAGCACUGUCACAUAAACAAAUCGUUUUUCGAUUUUGCAAAUGUCACAGCACUAUCACGGGAAAAUAUUUCAUCAUGAAAAACUUAUAUCAAACAGGUAUUUUCGGAUGUACAGUAUGUUGUUUCUUGAGAAACAUCAUUUGAACUGUGAAAAACAAAAGUAGUACUGCACAGAAUAGGAAGUAAUAAAGUAUUUUUCAGUAAUUUGGGAAUAGUUCUAACUUAGAUUUUACAAAAGAUACCUGCAGCUACGCUUGAGCUAGCUAAGCAUACUAUCUAUUAUGCGUUGGAAAUACAGGGUAUCUAUCUAGCCACAAAAUAAAAAAUAGAAAGUUUAUCGAUAUAUUUUAAGUAAAUUACAUGGAACAUAUUGCAAUGAUGCAUUCUUGCUAGUUUGACUAAUAUAUUUGGAGAAAGAAACCUAAUUCAUAAAGGAAAAAUAGCGUGUCAUUGAUUUGAAUGAGAAAUGUCUGCUUCCCUUCUACAGAAUUGCACAAUUUUUAAACUAUUAGGCAAUGAACUGUGGAGUCGUAUGCUAAAUAAAACAAUUAAGUUUUCAGAUUUAUAAAAAACUGAGAAAAUAGCUACGCAGUGGAUACAAUUGAUACCUUGACAGAUAGAUCUUAAGGCAUUCAUUCCCUCUACUGCUUUUUUUUUGUUAAUGAAGAUCAGAAACUACAUAAAAUAGUUGUCUUCGAGCUUAACAGGGUGAUCGUUUCGGAGUGUGGAGCAAUGGAACCCAGGCAACAAAAGCUUCUGUUUUCAAGAUGAAAUGUACAUAAUUCAUUUUAAAAAAGCUUGCAGUCUGAGAGUUUGAAAACUGUUAUGGAAAUCUGCGUUAUUCUUGUUGCUUAUAUUUUUUUGGCUAGCUGGAGAGAGUCCUAAAAAGCUAUAAAAUACCAGAUAAAAUCAGUCAGAUUUGGAUCAUAUUUUCCAAAAAUCUCCGAUGGAAUCUGUCGAGGAGACUGAUACCACUCCAAAAAGAUCAGUUCUAAUUACUAUACUAUAUAUAAUACUAUAUAUUGGCAAAUGAAGUAUUUGAAUUAAUCUCUCAUACUCUGAUAACCUGAUUACAGCACUGGACGCCAUCCACUACACACUAUCCGACUUAUCUACAGUCCGUGCGAUGUAUAUUAAUUUUUCAGUAUACUCUUGUGGAAUCGAGUCAUUUACUUUCCACUUAUUAUUUGGGACUACUGUUACUACUACUACACUACAACCGUUGGGCUUUGCCCAAAUGCAUACAAAUAAACAAGUUUGCAGCAUUAUUAUUUCCAAACAGACGUAAUAGAUCUGUAUUUAGAAACUUACUGAAUGU